AUGCGUUUAUCCUUUGCAGUACUGACAGCUGCCCUUCAGGCGGCAGUCAGUACGGCAUCAACACUGACUCCGCCCGUCCUACCGCUGAUUGUACGGAAUCCUUACCUCAGCACUUGGUUCGGUAAUGCUCGUGAGGCGCCGUGGUCCAAAUGGCCCAUGUUCUAUACUGGAGAGGAGGUUGGCCUCUCCUUGAUGGCACACGUUCCUAGUACGGGGACCGUGUAUCCGUUGUUGGGCAAGCCCCAUGAGUCCCUACCUUCUAAUUCCGAUUCACCGGAGGUAGCGUUUCCAGUUUACCUGGGAGCUAACUACGAUGCGUCUACCACUAACCUGACUUACCGCAUUGACUUGGAUACAUCGGCUUCUACUCCGCUUGAUAUCACCAUUUCUUUCCUGUCUCCCAUUACGCCUACAUCGACUCUGCGGCAGUCGAUUCCGGCUUCGUAUGUGACGAUCCACGUCCAUGGAGAUGUGGGUGUCAACAUUUAUAUGGAUGUCAAUGGCCGCUGGGUAAGCGGAGAUGCGGGUAGCAAAAUUACAUGGCAAUAUGAUGGUUUCGACACCAAAGGCAGCAAGCCUACUCUUCAGAGAUGGCGGUUUAAGAGAGAAACAGAGCUGCUGCUAUCAGAGAUCCGCGACCGGGCAGAAUGGGGUACCCUCCACUUUACUGGCCCUGCUGACGUUCAAUUCCAAUCUGGAGAAGCCUUGGCUGUGCGGCGAGGAUUUGCCGCCGAGGGAGCCUUGCGUAACGAGAAUGAUGGCACUUUCCGUGCCGUCGGUGACCGAGAACCGGUCUUUGCGUUCUCUAAGUCUUUCACCCCCUCAAAGAAAUCAGGGCCUGCUAGCGACAGCGUGACUUUCACCAUUGCCCUAAUCCAAGAUCCGGUCGUUCAAUAUGCCUCCUCACGCGGGCUCACCUUGAUGCGGCCUCUCUGGAGGUCCUGGUUCUCCAAUGAAGAGGCCCUGCUCAGCUUUCAUUAUCAUGAUUUGGCAAAUGCGGGCACGUUGGCCUCCGAUUACUCGGAACAGCUGGCCCAGGAUGCCUAUCAGUCGGGGGCUUACGACUAUGUGGAUAUCGUAGCGCUCUCAGCCCGACAGGUCAUGGGAGCAACCACCUUUGCUGGGACACCUGAGAACCCAAUUCUGUUCCUAAAGGAGAUUUCUUCUAACGGUAACUUCCAAACUAUCGACGUUAUUUUCCCUUCAUUCCCAUUCUUCCUUUACACGAACCCACGAUGGUUGGCCUAUCUCCUCGAGCCACUGAUUGAACAUAUGUCGAGUGGACAAUACCCGAACAAGUACGCUAUGCAUGACCUUGGAACACACUUCCCCAAUGCCACCGGUCACCCAGACGGCAACGAUGAGUACAUGCCUGUAGAGGAGUGUGGCAACAUUCUCAUCAUGGGUUUGGCUGUUGUGAACUCCUUACGUUAUUCUGUGGACUCGGCGGCGGCCUCCGUUUGGUCUACUCGAGGUACAGCCCCUCAAACAUCCGACAAGAACUCAGGUUAUUUCCCUCUGGAUAACCUUCAAGCCCUGGGGGGAAUUGAUAAGCAAGACGGAAGAUGGGGCGGUGGUGCCCAAGGCGAGCACUUGGCAGAGAAAUGGGUUCAACGCAGUUACAAACUCUGGACCCAGUGGACCAGUUACCUGGUGGAGUUCUCUCUGGAGCCUGCUAACCAACUUUCCACGGACGAUUUCGCUGGCUGGCUUGCUCUUCAGACAAACCUUGCCCUUAAGGGCAUCAUCGGUAUUAAUGCUAUGAGCAAGAUAGCUGAAGUGGCUGGACACAAGUCGAAUGCAUCAUAUUAUAAGAAUAUCGCCGAUACCUACAUCGCGAAGUGGGAAGAAUUUGGCAUGUCUCGAGACGGCACGCACGCUAAACUUGCCUAUGACUGGUAUGGAUCUUGGACUACGAUUUAUAACCUGUAUGCAGAUGCUCAGCUUUGCUUCCACCUGGAGGGCACCGAUGUUUCCCCUGCACGUGGCAGUCAAAAGUCACUCCACCCACACUCCAGGAAGAGCGGAUUCGUCCCACAUCAUAUCUACCAGAAGCAGUCUAUCUGGUACCACUACGUAAGGCAAAAGUACGGCCUUCCUUUGGACAGCCGCCAUCUGUACACCAAGACGGACUGGGAGUUUUUCUCUAUGGCUGUCGCCAGCGAGGACGUGCGAAGUGAGAUCCUCGAGUCCGUCGCUAGAUGGGUGAACGAAACGGUGACCGACUUGCCCUUCACGGAUCUGCAUAAUACUGAAGGCAGGGGUGAGUUCCCAGGGCCAAACUUCUUUGCUCGGCCGGUGAUCGGAGGUCAUUUCGCGUUUUUAGCUCUUCAGCGUGCCUGCGAGGGUCGGGCAAUGGAGGGCUUGGCUUUCCUUGACGGAAAGCCAGGCUUUGGAGAUGACUCGGUUGCGUCCGCUGAGACGCUCAGCCAGUGGGAGGCCAUGGCCGCUAAAGCGGCGGAGAAGUUCAGGUUUGGCGGGUAUGAAUCCGAGAGGGUAGAGUUGUAA